UUUAGUGUCCUGGACUUUGGAAUCCGGGUUCUUCUUCGUUUCCUUAACCUGUAAAUUCGUCGAUUUGUUUUGAUUAUUGUUUUUCUGAAGUUCUGUUUCAUCCAUGUCUUGGUGCCGCUUGAGAUCCGUCUUUUGUCUUGAGAAUUUCAGUUGGUUUUCCCGGGGUCAGGGGUUGACAGAUCAAAGAUCGAGGACUUCUAAUGGUGGUAGUGAUUCAUUUUCUCACCCUUAUUUGCCAUUGAUAACACAUGAUAAGAAGACAGCAAUGAGGGAAGUCCAGCUUGGAUCACAUACUCUAAGGUCUCAUGGAGUCAAAGUGGCAAGGACACAUAAGCAUGACUGGCUGAUUCUGCUGCUUCUUGCUGGGAUUAUAGCUGCUCUGAAUUUUAUUCAUCCAUUUUAUCGUUUUGUUGGGAAAGAUAUGAUGGAUGAUCUCAAGUAUCCACAUAAGAGUAAUACUGUUCCUUUCUGGGUUGUGCCUAUGUAUGCGGAUGUGUUGCCAAUUUUCAUCUUUCUGAUAUUCUAUUUUUACCGAAGAGAUGUCUAUGAUCUUCAUCAUGCAAUACUAGGGCUCUUAUUCUCUACUCUGGGGACAACAGUUAUCACAGAUGCCAUAAAAGAUGCAGUUGGUCGGCCUAGACCAGACUUCUUUUGGCGUUGUUUUCCAGAUGGGAAAGAUGUUUAUGAUAAAUGGGGAAAUGUUAUAUGCAGUGGUGCAAAAAAUAUCAUAAAGGAGGGGCAUAAGAGUUUUCCAAGUGGGCACACUUCCUGUUUUGCAGUGUCAUUUGCUGGUCUUGGAUUUCUGUCACUGUAUUUAGCGGGGAAGAUAAAAGCAUUUGAUUGCCGGGGUCAUGUUGCAAAACUCUGUUUAGUUUGGCUUCCUCUUCUAGCUGCAGCUCUCGUUGGGAUUUCUCGAGUGGAUGACUACAGGCACCACUGGCAAGACGUGUUUGCUGGAGGUUUACUUGGUUAUGUAGUUGCCUUGUUUUGCUACUUACAGUUCUUCCCACCCCCACAUCAUGUUCGAGGGUGGGCGACGUAUGCAUAUUUCCGGGCUAUGGAUGAGUGUGGUGGAACUACUCCGGUCAACAAUGGCGCAGGGAGCUUAGAGGCUGGAGUUGACAAUCAAGAAACUAAAAGAAGUGAUGAAGCUGAAGCUGAAGCAUUCAUGGAGAUUGCUUUGGCUGACGAUCGUCACUCACACUCAGAGGAUAUGAAGUCUGGUGGAGGAAGGCAUUCUUGACUACUUCUAGAGUUCUAGUUAAAUAGCUCAGAUUUUUGAGAAUUAGUAUUUAUGGAGAGUAUGAUUUUGAUUUUUGUACAGAACAUUUUUUAUAAGUUAUGGGUAACUAGCUGAGGCAUUUUAACAAACACUCAUCGUGCACAGUUGGGUAUUGAGUUUGAAAUAAAUCCCAAUUUUGACGCAUUA